GCAUGGCUCCCAGGAAGGGAAUCGUGUCCACGCCAGUCGCGCGGGCGGCGGACGCAGGGACCGACGAUGGCGACGCCGCGUGCGACGACGACCCGCUGCUCGCGCUGUGGGAGCAGCACGUCACGAGCCCGAUUGCGCGCCGCGCUCGGCGCGCGGCGCGCAGUCGAUCGUUCGGGGCCCUGAUCUAUCGGAUCAAGUGCACGACGGUGAUGGACGACUCGCGCGACGAGCUCGAGCUGAAGCGGCACAAGGACCUGAUCAUGGCGACCCGCAAGCUGGGCUCGAUCAGCCAGAAGCGCGGCGAGGCUGUGCUGCUGCAGCUCGCGUUCCGCAACCGCGACACAUGGCGCUUGGCGAACGAGGCCAAGCCGUGGGCGGGCGACAUGGCCAGGACUGACGUGCCGAAGUGGGCGCAGGAGUUCAUCGACGGCGCUGGCACAGCAUCCAGGGUCGACUCGGCCGAGGCGACGACGACCGUCGGCAUCUGGGAGUUCGGCUGGGACAAUGAGCUGCAGGCAGCGAGGGUGCCUGGCGACCUCGUGGAUAGCCCGCAGGCCAGCAAGGGCAAGGACAGCGACGCCAUCCUCUGGCGCGGCGUCAAGGACGGGAACGCCGUGCUGGCGAGAACCGUCAAGAAGAAGGACGCCAUCUGGUUGCAGGUGUGGCACCAGCCGAAGACGCAGGUCCUUCAGCUCAUCGUGGAGCCCGAGCAGAUGGCCGCGGGCAAGACCUGGAUCGUGCAUGCGGCGGAGAAGUGGGCCAACGGCAGCAUCACCAAGGCGGAGAUGGAGGCGGACAAGGCGAAGCACUUCCCCAGGAAAAAGAAGGGCGAGGUCGGCAAGCGGCCUGCCAGCAAGGGCGUCGACUGCGCCGUGAGCCAUGAGGUGAAGAAGACGAAGAUUGCGGACGAGGAGGAGCCAGAGGAGGCCGCCGCUAGCGCGGACGAGAGUGCUCAGGUGCUGGCAGGGGUGCUGGUCAAGCCGAGGCCGAAGGCGACGGCGUCCGCGGCCUCGGCGACCAAGGAGAAGUCCCCCUCGCAGCAGCCAGGUGGCAGCGAUGUCGAGCAUGGCACGUGCACGAUGAUGGAGAUGGCGGUGGCAGAUGUGCCGAGCCUCAGCGACGCAGCGUCGCAAGCCUCAGGGUCGGCAGCGACCACGAUGACAGUUCCCGACACGCAGGCCAGGGCAGCAGAAGGCAUGUCGCUCGAGGAGGCUCUGAGGCUGGGCGAGGAGGCGAGGAAGAAAGCAGCUGCACUGGAGCUGCUCGUCAAGAACCAGCGGGCAUGGAUCCAGCAUGCAACGAGCCGCCUCAGCGCCCUGGUCGACUCGCCGAAGACAGCGGAGGAGAUGGAGCUCAUGGCGCAGGCCGUCGCGGAGUCGCAGAAGCUGGCCCUCACCGAGCAGGAGCUCGCGCGCCAGGAGGAGGAGGUUCUCGCGGCAGCCUUGGCCGCGAGCAAGCGCGACGCCGAGGAGAAGGGCAUCGAGGCGACGGAGAGCCCGAACCCCACGGCUCGGCACAGCUGGGAGGCGCCUGGGGGGGUCGACAGCGGCAGCUCGGUUUCGACGCCGUGGCCGCACGAUCGUCAGCCCGACAUCGUAGACUUGGCGGAGUGGCGCGCGGCUCGGCCCCAGCGCAGGAGCGAGGUCGCCGACGCAGGAGCGGCAGCCAGCGCAGCGGCGGUGCCCAGCGCAGGAGGCGCAGCGACGAGUGGUUCCUUCGUCGGCGGCAGCGGCAGCUUCGGGGGCGAGAAGGACGACGAGGACUGCCUGCGAUCGAGCGACUCGAUCGACGAGCUCGCCAUCAAUCAGCUGCUGCUCGACGCCUUCAAGAGCCAGGACGUCAACGAGAUACAGAAGCUCCGCGGCACCGACGCCAAGAUGAUGAUGUCGACGCACCUCGAUUCCUCGCUGGACUCGGUCUUCGAGAUGCCAGCUCCCAACUCACAGAGCGCGCCGCAGGUUGCGGCCAGGGAGUCCGAGCUCGACCAGAUCGACACGACAGGCUUCAGCGAGGACCAGCUGUCGGAGUUGGCCAUGAUGCGCGAGCUCGAGGGCAGCGACUUCAAGUUCCUGGCCCGCGGGAGGGCGGGGAACCCCAUCGCCAGCCGGUUCAACCGCGCGAAGGCCAAGGACAAGCAGCUCGAUGACGCCUACAAGAAGCUCUCGGGCAGCCAGAGCGACCAGUCGGCCUUCAGGGCGGAUUGGGCGCAGAAGGUGUUCACGAACUACGUGAGCACGAAGCGCAAGGUGACGACGAUCUCCAGCACGAAGUACCGCAAAGGGCAGUACAUGCCGCUGGGCAGGGUGGCCCACAAGGAGGGCGGCGGCAAGCUCGGCUGGAUGCAGGCAUGCAGGCUGUUCCUCAGGGCCAUGAUGCUGGGGCCGCCGUGGAUCGUCUACGACGUGGUCACGCAGAGCCUGCGGCUGCUCUACGUGACGGAGGGCAUCAACGUGGCGUUCAACGAGGCGUGGAGCAUCUUCGAGCAGUGGUCCAGCGACGCUGUCGAGAGCGAGGGGGCCGCGAAGAAGCGCGAGCAGCAGCUGUACCUCCACAGCCAGCAGAUGUACCUCCACAGCCAGCAGAUGUACCUCCACAGCCAGCAGCCGUACCACAACAGCCAGCAGCCGUACCUCCACAGCCACCAGCAGUACCUCCACAGCACGCCGCCGCCGCUGACGGUGCUGACCAGUGCGCCAGCGGCGGCGGCGGAUCACCCAGCCAAGAAGUCGAAGUCUGGCGGCGGCAAGGCUGGCGGCAAGGCUGGCGGCAAGGGUGCUUCAGGGCACAGUGAUGACUUCAUCAAGAGCUUGACUUCAGAUGUCAAGAAGGGCAUUGCGAGGUACAACCAGAUCAUUUCGCACGCGCUCACGGUGGUGACGGGCUUCGAGAACGAUCCCCUGUGGUCGUGGGCCAAGACCGAUGAGGGAGCGCAGCGCCUCGUGUCCUUGUACCACUCGAUCCAAGCGCAGAAGACGGUGGACAUGAACAGGGCGCUGAUCGAGCCGCUCCCGAAGUUGCGGAGGGACAUCGGCGACGGCGCCUACGUGACGGCCUUGACCAAGCUCAAUGAGCUGAACACUACGUUGGACGAGAUCGAGCAGGAGUGCACGGCCGCCUACGAUGUGCACAAAAUCAAGAUGCAGCGCCUGAAGGCCCAGUCAGCAGCUGACGGUCAGUAA